AGGAAGAUCGCAGUUGCGACCAAAAGCAUGACGGACCCAACAAGUGGACCGAGCUGUCGAGGAAUCCCCGGUCAGCUUUCUCGACGUGAUUCGGAGACAGGGGAAAACUCGUACCAUAAUGGCUGUAAAACGGGGCUCUGGAAAUGUAGAUUUGCAACAGAGAGCCUGGCGCGCACAAGCUAUGGGCGUGCUGCGCCCAACUUUUGUCGCUCAGGAGAGCUCCAGCUUGGCCUCUCCUGUGGUCACGUGAAGCUUAAAACGCCUGGGUGGCGCGCCAAGGCGUCGCUGCCUGCCUCCGACAAUCUUCAUUUCUGCUCGACACAACCAAGGUCUGGCGGAGAGGCCUUGCCCUUUGCAACGCCUCGCCGGUUUACAUCGACAAGAUGUCAGAUCCGGUCAUGCUGCAGUCCGCUGUGCGCGUGCCGACUCCCCCACCAGGGACGUCGUACUCGCCGCAGCCUUCAGGCGCGCGCAAGCGAUCACCUCCAUCUCGCUCACCGUCUCCAGACCGUCGACGGUCGCCUCCGACAGGGGAUUCACGUGAUACUGCGGAUGUUCCUCAUAUCGACUCAGAUCGCGCGCUGGAGAGAGAGCGUCAGCUGGCAGAGCGGCUCCGCCAGCAUGAGAAGAAGGAAGCACCUCGCAAACCGCUGA